AAGAAAUAACAAAGCCUGUUUAGAAGAUCAUUUAGGAUAUCUUGAGAGACUUGCUCAGGAAACGUUGUAUAAAAUAGAAAAAGAUGUCAAAUUUUGCAACUUGAAAGUCGAUGACUUUAAUCAAACUGUAAACAAUCGAAUGUACUCGUGGCACGUAUCAGGCUCAGUUCAAUAUACAGAUAAUUUCCUGAUUUCUAUACAAAACGUAGAUUUGGAGAAAAUUUCUUCGGUUAUCACUAGGAGAAUAGUGAAUGACGUGCCACAAUACCAGGCUGGAAUUAUGUUCACCUUAGUUUUCAACGACGCAAAAAUAGGAUUUAAUGCUUUGGUGAAACUGGCUGAUCAACCAGAGAAACGAUAUACUUCAGAUUAUUUGUUUGACUCGAUAUCUUUUCCUUUAUCGAUAGUCCGAAUUGUAAACACAAAUGAGACAACAUACACCGCAUUCGGUGCUGAAACUUUAGCGCGAUUGAAGAAGAUGAACUUUUUGCCAUCCACGAAUGUCACUGAAGUUCUACGAAGGAACUUUGACAGUAGUUCCAUAGGUAACUCAUUUACUAAAUGGGCCAGACAAACUUUUCUACCAAUAAUGGAAGAACUUGAAGACAUAAUAACAUUUCCUAAAAUAAGACUGGAUGGAUGCAAAUAAGGAACUGAACAGAACUUAACUAUAAAAAAAAUAUAUUACAUUCAAUAAAAAGGCAUAUUCUUUAAUUUA